AUGAGGGAAGUAUGGAAUAUUUCAGGUGAGGAGUUUUAUGGAUUUAUGGGGCCUGACUGGUUCCUCAUUCUGCUGGACCAACUGGGGUCACCGGCUCUGCGUGCACAUUGUGUUUUUGGUUUAGUGAAACUUAUAUCUCUAGAACAUCCAAGUUGUAUAGUCCGAAGAUCGGUCGAUGUUCCGAGACAAACACGGUGUUUUUUCCCAGAUUCCGAACCGAUCGUUCGUGCGCAGCAGGAGAAAGUAUGCUGCACUAUAGCCUCCAAUCUUAAAAAAAAAUUCAUUUUUCUUGCCCCCAGCCCACCUACUUUUGAAGUCUCUCGAGCCUUCUCAUCAGAUCACCGCCCACCACCUGAUUUUCUCCCCCUUCCUCCGAUCCACACGCUGGGGUACUGUGUGGAUAUCUGUAUAUACUCCUACUUACUACUCCACCUCCGCGACUUCGCUCCUGCCGGCCCGGCCAUCUCCAUCCACCGGCUGCUCUGCUCCGGUCCGGUCCGGCCGGCCACCUCGCCACCACUGCCGCCUUGUGAUGCUUCUCUCUCUCUCUCUCUCUCUCUCUCUCUCUCUCUCUCUCUCUCUCUCUCCGGGAGCUCGGAGGGGAUCCUUGGUGUUCUUAGCGGGGAAGGAGGAGGCGCCCCUGCAUUUGACUAUUUUGGAGCAAUCUGGAGCAACCAUGGCGCCGCCUUGGUGAAACCCGCUGCCUUCCAAGGUCCCGCUGCUGCUCACCUGGAUCUGGCCGCCGCUGUUAUUCCGCACGCCCAGCCCGUCCGCCCCCGCCCAGCAACACAGUGCACUCCUGUGCCUCCCCUCGUUUCUCUCCUUCCUCCUAGUUUUCUUUCUCUCACUCAUCCUCCCUCGUUUUUUUUCAGGAGCACGCCGGAGCAGCCAUGGCGCCGCCUCAGAGAAACCCGGCGCCUUGCAAGGUCCCGCCGCCACUCACCUGGAUUCGGCCGCCAUCGCUCGCCCAUCGGUCGCCGCCCUCUGCAGGAGAGCCGCAUACCGGCCCGCAGGCUCGUUGAGUCGCUCCGAUCCGGAUCGAUUGGGAGAUGCCGAUGGGUUGACCCAGCCCGCCGACUCUCCACUUUUCUCCUCCUUCAUUUCAGAGCGCUCCUCCCGCCUAGCUGCGCCGCCCAGCGCCGCCUCCCCGUCAUGGCUGCCCCCUGCAAUAAGGAUUGAAUAGUCGAAAAUACAGGGUCUUUUUGUAAUAACGAAUCGUUUUCUGAGAUAGCAACUUAAAAAGGGACUGCGGGUUGAAUACUCAAAAACGGAGGUUUUUUUUU